AUGUCCAACAGAAAUUAGAAGUCUAAAAGUCCACAAGUUUAAUAACCGAAAAUUAUUGAUAAAGAUUUGAUGAAAUAUUUGAUAUUUUAGAAAAUUGUUAAACCAUAAGUGCCAUCAGAAUUGAUUAUGAAAACAUAACCAGAUGAAGAUUCUGAAGUUGAGGAUUUCAAACUUGAAAUAGAAAUGAAGUAUUUAUUAAGCUAUAUAAAUUCUAGAUAUAAGAAUUGUAAAAUUAAUCACACAUUCAAAUUUCCAAAAGAGAACUAUGAAUCCUCAUCGGAUACAUCUUUGCAAUCCUUAAAAGAUGUUUCAACUUAUAACUUAAAUUGUGAUAAUUUGGAUCGAUUGACUGAUGCAACUUAACCUCAUUUUAUGAAGGCUCUCAAUGAAAGAUUAAUGAAAUUAACAGAUCUGAUUGUUGAUGAAUCUCAAACAAAAACUAAAUAAUUUAACUAUGCCCCAAAUUUAAAGUCUUCCAGGUUUAAGAAAUUUAUAAUUUAGAAUAUAGAAGUUACGUGGAACCAAUAUAUCUAAUACAUCAAUUACAAAACCUACAGAGUUGUCUGUAAAUGCAGCCAGUCAAAGUUAAGGUAGAGAGAGUGUGAUUACGAAACCACCAUCAAAUUUAGGUUUCAGAGCUACACCUACAUUAUCAUCUGAAAAGAAAAAUAAAUCUAAAUAAAUUCAAUAAAUCUUGAAAAUUACUUAAUAAAAAUACAUGAAUAAUUAAAAGUAAUUCCAUUGUAGAUUUAUAGCGUAGGUGGGACCUUUUACAAAAAGACUCCUUAGGUCAAUAAUAAUUACAUAAACAUCAAUUCAAAUAUUAAUAAUAGUAUAGUAGUUAAUGGGAAAAAGAAUUUCCAAGAUAUCAGAAUUAAAACUGAAUAGGAUGAACCUGAAAUUAGUUUAUAAUAAUAUUAGGUAAUACCAAAUUCCAGGUAUUCAUAAUUAUAUAUAAUUAGACCAAAAAUGAGAGAGUCUACAAUCAAGAGUAAAAAAUUGGAUAUAUCUAUUGGUUAUAAAAAUCUUACUUUGGACAGCCAAUACCCGGAAAAUUAUAGUCGCCAUGCUAAGAGUUAAAAUAAGAAUUAUAAGGUUUGA